AUGACUGAAGCUAAUAGCAAUAUUGGGAUGGCUCAUCAGAAUUUACAAGAGAAUGAUGAUAAAAUCGCAUCGCUAAUAGAAUCAAUGAAAAAAUUAUCAAUAUUAAUCGAUGGUAAGGAUACAGAAGUAGUUUGUGAUUCGGGUUCAGAAUGUCCGAUUAUCCCUUAUGAGAUUGCGAAAAAACUGGGUUUUGAAAAAGAUAAAAAUUUACCAAUAGCGAAGCUAGUGCUAAGGCACAUAUUACCGAUAAAGUGGUAUCUGAUAUUGUUAAGCAAGUAUCAGGUAAAAAAAAUCUGGAUCCCUAUUCACCGAUUAAUGGAGAUAGUAAAACCUGAGAUUCAGCAAGAUAUUAUAAAUGCGAUAUCAAACUCCGAUAUUUCUCGAAAAAAUCGUACACCAUGCAAGGCUAAAAGAAAAAAGAGAUUUUUAAAUGAUAUCGCAUCUGAAUCCUCGUCUUCAUCUGAAUUUGGGUCCAACUCUGAAUGGUAUAAUGAUGAUAAAGAUUUUACUGUGAAUAUGGUGAAAGCAAAGAAGCGUGAUUAG